AUGUCUGUUCGAUCAAUUCUUUCCAAAUUCACUCCGUGUGAUGUCUCCGAUGCGCUUGUCAACUUCGGUGUUAAAAAUGGCGGCUACAUCCCUAAUUUGAUCCAGAGGUCCUCAAUCGGAAACACUCCCAAUAGUGGAGCAUCGUCUGUGGUGGGACAAGCGUACACGGUGCUCUAUGCUGCCAAAAGCGACCCUCGCCCGGCCGUCAAGCAAUCUUACAUUGAUGAAAUCCCUAAAGACAGCGUGUUGGUGCUCGGGCUCACUCCCGAUCUCCAGACACCAGAUGCACCAUACGUAACCAUCAAUAAUGCACUCUAUGGCGGAUUGAUGUCCACCAGAGCAAACUACCGAGAGGCGGCAGGAUCGGUAGUUUUGGGAAGGAUCCGUGACUUGGAUGAGCACAGAAACCUAAAGUAUCCCGUAUGGUCCUAUGGAGUGGGAUCUACAGCUCCAGGACCAGUUGUGAAGGUUGUGGGGAUUAAUGUACCGAUUUCCGUGAAGGUGGCCGGUGCUCUGGAGCCAAUUAUCAUAAAACCACAGGAUUACAUCAUUGCAGAUGAAAAUGGCGUGGUACGUUUGCCUGUUGGUCACGAGAAGGGUGACGAAGCCAAGGUUGAGUUGGAGAAGGUAUUGAAGUACAUUCCAAAGAGAGUUGAUGCAGACGAACAUGUGAGGGAGGACAUUACGAAAGGACGCCCUGCUGCUGAGGCACAGAAAUUCUGGAGAAGCAAGAUUUGA